CUCCCCGAAUUGCGCACUGCAAUGAGCAGUACAAGUCGAACAUAUCCCGUUUCUCAACUGUGAUUUCACAUUUUUAGACGUGAGAAGCAGCUGGACUACAGGUCCUCUUCCAUACAUCAACGGGAUUUGUCCUGACCUACUGGAGGACACCUCUUUAAAACUACACACAACAGGAAGUCCUCAAAUAAGCUUCCUCCGUGUUGCACAGGGGAGAUGUCAGUCUCCUGUGGUCUACUUACUCCUCAGAAAGAACCAGUUCCUCUGAAGAGUGUGGAGGUGGAGGUGAAGGUGAGAGACCAUGUGGCUACAGUGGUCUCCACUCUGAACUAUGAGAACAAGGAGGACAAACCACUGGAGGCUGUUUUUGUCUUCCCUCUGCCCGGAGAUGCUGCUGUCUGUCAUUUCAGCGCUACGAUCGGACAGACGCAGAUUGUAGCUGAGGUGAAGGAGAAACAGGAGGCUCGUGACGAGUAUGACGACGCUUUGAGCUCCGGGCAGCAGGCCUUCCUAUUGGAGGAGAGUGAUCAGAGCCCAGACGUGUUCUCUAUGAGUGUGGGCAGUCUGCGUCCAGGAGAGAGCGCCUCCAUCAGGCUGGAGUACGUCACUGAGCUGGCUGUGCAGGCUGAUGACGGGCUCAGGUUUUGUCUGCCUGCGGUGCUCAACCCUCGCUACCAACCUCAGGGUAGUGAAGGUCCCAGUGUCCAGGUGACCUCUGUUCCAGCCUCUCUGGUGCCCUACACUCUGGCUUUCUCCGCCAGAGUGUCCUCUCCUCGUCCAGUCUCUAAGGUGGAGUCCAGCUGUUCCCUGGACCCUCUCCAGUAUCUCAACACGGAGCAAACCCAGGCCACGGUCAAGUUGGCUGCAGGACACAAAUUUGACAGGGAUGUUGAACUGCUGAUUUAUUACAAAGACGCCCACCAGCCCACUGCUGUGGUGGAGGCAGGACAGGCCUCUGCCAAGCCUGGCACUCUGAUGGGGGACCCAGUAGUGAUGUUGAGCCUGUACCCAGAGUUCCCACAGGCUGUGAUGUCUUCAGUGGCCUCAUGUGGAGAGUUUGUGUUUUUACUGGAUCGAUCUGGAAGUAUGGAUUCACAUAUAAACAACAGCCAGAGCUGUCCGACUCGCAUUAGCAGUGCCAGGGAUACUCUGCUGCUCCUGUUGAAAAGCUUACCAAUGGGCUGCUUUUUCAAUAUCUACAGUUUUGGGUCCACCUAUGAAUACAUCUUCCCGAAGAGUGUUAAGUACAGCCAGGAGACCAUGGAGGAGGCUCUGAAGAAAGUUGAAAAGAUGGAUGCUAAUCUGGGAGGAACAGAGAUCCUGGAGCCUCUCAAAAAUAUUUACAGCCAACCCUGCAUUCCAAAUCAACCUCGACAACUAUUUGUCUUUACUGAUGGAGAGGUGGGCAAUACCAAAGAAGUUAUCAGUCUGGUGAAGAAGAAUUCAGGUUCCCACAGGUGUUUCUCUUUUGGGAUUGGGGAAGGGGCCAGCUCUGCUCUUAUCAAUGGGUUGGCCAAGGAAGGAGGAGGCCACGCUCAGUUCAUCACAGGGGCUGACAGGAUGCAACCAAAAGUGAUGCAGUCGCUGCGAUUUGCUCUGCAGCCAGCUGUGGUGGACGUCUCUGUCACAUGGGAUUUACCAAAGAAUGUCUCUGUCACUGUCCUCUCUCCACCAAUCACAGCACUUUUCCAGGGACAAAGGUCACUGAUUUAUGCUCAGCUGACUGGACAGAAUUCAGAGGCAGCAGAGGGCUGCGUGACGGUGAAGUACAACCUGGCAGGUCAUCCCACUCAGAACCAGCUGCACUUCAGUCUCAAACCUGCAGAGGACACUGGGUUAACAGUUCACAGGCUGGCUGCUCGGACUCUGAUUCGCUCCCUGGAGAUGGAGGAGAGAGAGCACAGAAAAGAGCAAGAUGGAGGAGUGAAAAAGAAGGUGGUAGAGCUCAGUGUCCAAUCAGGAGUGAGCAGUGCCUUCACUGCCUUCAUUGCUGUCAACAAAGGGGACGGCAAGGUGAUUCAAGGACCUCUGGUGCGCAGGAAUGUUCCAACACCAAGAUUCCUGAAGAUGGCCUGUAGUGCGGGGAUGGCUGCCCCGAUGAUGUGUCAGUCAUUCAGUGCGCAAGCCAGUGCACAGUUGAAAGCAAAGAAAUCAGCGUCUAAGGGCAUAUUUAACUUAUUCUCAGGUAGAAAAAAGAUGGUUGCCCAAGGACAAUCAACUACGAAGUCUCUACAGACUCGAUGUGGGAACUACAUGCAGCCGUUGCGUUCAGUGGCACGUGAAUUUGAAGAGUUUGUGGAAGCCUCCUUGCCCAUAAGGUCACCCAGAGACCCUAUGCUGCAGUUGGUCUCCCUUCAGAAGGCGUCUGGCUGCUGGGUGUUAGAUCCAGAUCUGGCCACUGCACUGGGAAAGACCAGCAAGGAGGUGGAGACCAUAAAACCUUCAGCAGUGACCCAGGAAGUGUGGGCCACCAUUCUGGCUCUGAUCUGGCUUCAUGGUUUCAAGAUGGAUGCUCAGGAAGAGUGGGAGCUUCUGGCUCUGAAGGCUGUGUCAUGGCUCCGUGCUCAGAAUGCACCAUGUGUGACGGAGUGUGUGGAAGCCGCAAAUGCACUGUUGGGUUGCAACGUGCAGAAAGACGCCCUGGGGCUCUGAGGUUUACAUUAAAGGGGCUUCACUUUAGUACUGAUCUACCAUGUGGGGUGGGAUGUAUCAGAGGGACUGUCACUUUUCCAGACAUGAGGGUCACUGCACUAUGCCCAACCCGCUGGAGAGUCAGAAGCAGCUUCUGCUGCUGACAGUAUCAAGUUGUGAUCUCUCCUUCAUAGUGAAAAGAUGAAGCAGAAUAUUCAUUUAUUAACACAGCUUUCAGUCUGUUACUUACCACAAAUACAUAUUUUAGAAACAACCUAGUGGACAUCUUGAGUUAAAUAAUAGAUUUUAACUACUUAAUCUGAAUACCAGAAUACUUGUCUUAAGAUUAAUUACUCUGAUUGCAAAUACUCUGUUUGUAUAUGGCCUAAAUAUCUGUUUAUACUUUUUGUGCCCCCUACAACCUUUACAUUAGCUCUCCCUCUUUAGAAAACAGAUUUUUGUUCUGUGCUGCCUUACCCCCCUUGUCCCUUCCUUAUAAAUGAAGGUUUGCGCUUUUUCAGGUCUGUGGCAAAACAAAGUGCCCUUAUGGAUCACUCCUCCUGUUCAUAUUGGCCAUGAAACUACAUUCCUAAUACGCUUUCUAAGUGAUGGGUGACAAAAUCCACAGUUCUCACUCUGUGUAAGUUGUGUUCCUAAAGAAAAAUUGUCAACCUAUCCUUAUUCUGAUAUUUUGGAACGAAAAUAAAUUUGCUCUCUAUGGAGACUCUUUGAGAUUCAGAACCCAUAGAGGUAUUCACUACUCAGUGACAAGAUGUAUGAGCUCUAUGUCUGAGACAAUAAUAAAUGUCUCUUAUAUGUGUUGAAGUAUUAGUGCAGUGCAGGCAGUGGUGAAAAAAAUGAUUUUAAUAAAAACCAACAGGAUGUGAGAGAAUAACUGAUCCACACCUGCUGUAAUUGCCAAAGUCCUGAUCAUGUUUGAAACACCCUCACUGAGUACAUACAAUAUCAAUAUUUUUAUAGUAUUUAUUCAUGCCCAGACCUAGAGAUAGAGAGACAACCCAGCAUUAAAUUGCAUUCUGUAGUUCUGUAGUUGUAAAGAUACAUGGUUUUGAGAAAUGACGUUUAAAAAACAAACAAACAAACAAAAAAAACACCUUUGUAGAAACUAUAUGGGUCUGCUGCCAGGUAAAAAUACACAAAAUAAUACACUGAAA